AUGAUGAUGAUGAGGAAGGAUGAGGAUGACAAUAACGAUAACGACUAUGACACCAACAACACCGGCACCGUUGAUGAAGAUGAUGAUCAUUAUGACCCCCAACCCUUCAUCCCUCUCCUCAGGAGACCUCAAGCGACCCUUUUGACUACAGAGAGCACAGACGGAGACCAGAGAUGCAGAUGUGCAAACUACGGCCUGGAGACGGAGAACCUGAAGACGCUGUCGCACAAGCUGAACGCCUCGGCCAAGAACCUGCAGAACUUCAUCACGGGCCGGCGGCGUAGCGGACAUUACGACGGCCGCACCACCAGGAAGCUGCCCAACGACUUCCUGACCUCCGUGGUGGACCUCAUAGCGGCCGCCAAGAGCCUGCUGGCCUGGCUGGAUAGGUCGCCUUUCGCUGCCGUGACGGACUACUCUGUGACCAGGAACAACGUCAUCCAGCUCUGCCUGGAGCUCACUACCAUCGUGCAACAGGAUUGCACUGUCUAUGAAACCGAAAAUAAGAUCCUCAAUGUGUGCAAGACGUUGUCGGGAGUGUGUGACCACAUCAUCUCGUUGUCCUCUGACCCCGUGGUGUCCCAGGCUGCCCAUCUGGAGGUCGUCCAGCUGGCCAACAUCAAACCUACUGAGGGACUGGGCAUGUACAUUAAGUCAACAUACGACGGUCUUCAUGUAAUCACAGGAACCACUGAAGGGUCUCCUGCUGAUCGCUGCAAGAAGAUCCAUGCUGGAGACGAGGUCAUUCAGGUCAACCAUCAGACAGUGGUGGGCUGGCAGUUGAAAAACUUGGUAAACUCUCUGCGCGGCGACCCCGCCGGCGUGACCCUUACGCUGAAAAAGCGACCGCAGAGCACACUCACCUCCGCCCCUGCCUUACUAAAGAACAUGAGGUGGAAACCCCUUGCACUGCAGCCGGUUGUGCCCAAGAGUCCCACCAGCAGUUCGGCCACGCCCACCAGUACCAUCAGCACGCCCUCCAAGAGAGAUAGCUCCGCCCUGCAGGACCUCUAUAUCCCGCCCCCUCCCUCAGAACCCUACACACCCAGGGACGAGAGGGGUAACCUUCCGAGCGAGGACGUGCAGGGUGCCAUCAUUUCGGUGGCCAAGGGCUCGGAGUCGCCCAACUCCUUCCUGGACCAGGAGUAUCGGCGGCGCUUCCCCAUGAUGGAGGAGGAGGCCAUGCUGUACUGCUACGAGUACGAGCCCAGCCCCCGCGACCGCGAGAGGGAACAGGCCGCACGACACCGCGAUCGAGACCAGGACGGCACAUCCACCUACGGGAGGCUGCGUCCCAUCUCGAUGCCCGUGGAGUAUAGCUGGGUGCCAGACUAUGAAGACCCGGCCAAGCUGAAGAGGGACGGCAGGAGAGAUAACUCCCUGUUGCGGUACGUGGGGGAGGAGAAGGGCUCCGUGGAAGAGUACCUGACGGGCCGCAGUGCCAAGGGAACGGGCAAGCGCGGCAGGAAGGGGCGGGCCGAGAAGACAGGAAGUCCCUCCCACUACAGCCUGCUGCCAGCCCUGCAGAUGGAGGUGAUGAGGCAGGAGUCCAUGUCAACACCCAGCCCAGAGUCAACAUCACUUUACCACACCUUCCAGGCCUCCUCUCUGCUGUCAAAAACCAAGAAGAAAAGCAAGACAGGUCCCCUGUCGGGCAUAAGUAAGCGGCGUAUCUCCUGUAAGGAUCUGGGGCGUGGGGACUGUGAGGGCUGGCUCUGGAAGAAGAAAGACGCCAAGAGCUACUUCUCCCAGAAGUGGAAGAAGUACUGGUUCGUCCUGAAGGACACCUGCCUCUACUGGUAUAUGAACGAGGAGGAUGAGAAAGCAGAGGGGUUUGUCAGCCUGCCCGAAUUCAAAAUCGACCGUGCCAAUGAAUGCCGCAAAAAAUAUGCGUUCAAAGCCUCCCAUCCCAAGAUCAAGAGUUUCUACUUUGCGGCCGACAGUGUGGACGACAUGAACAGGUGGCUGAGCCGGCUCAACAUGGCAGCGUCCGGCUACGCGGAGCGGGAGAGGAUCAGGCAGGAGCAGGCUGACUACUGGAGUGAGAGCGAUCAUGAUGACAAUGACACUCCGUCAACGCCGAAGCAGGACAGCCCUCCACCCCCCUAUGACACAUACCCACGCCCCCCUUCCAUGAGUUGUGCCAGCCCCUAUUUGGAGCCAAAGCACGGGCGUCUGUCGUCCACCGAGACGUCGCAGUCGCGGUCCUCGCACGAGGAGUACCGCAGCGAGCCACAGGGGGGCAGCAGCAGCGGUGGCGGCUCCCCCGCACGCAAGUCGGCCAGUCACCAGCGGCGCUCGUGGCAGGACCUGAUCGAGACGCCGCUCACCAGCUCCGGCCUGCACUACCUGCAGACGCUGCCCCUCGACGACUCGGUCUUCUGCGAACCUGGCGGAGGUCUUGGUGGUGGGGGUGUAUCCCCAGAGGCCAGGCGGCAGUCCACGCUGCCCGCCCAGAGGAGCCUGAUGGCGGAUCACUACGGCCCCAUGGGUCCCGAGGACACUGGAGCUGGAGCUGGUGGUGGAGGUGGUGGCGGAGGACCAGGGGGCAUGGGGCUGGGGCUGGGACUAGGGGACAGGAUGUUCCUGCUGCCUGACCCAGGGCUGGCGGCCGGGGGCAAGCCGAGGAGCUUCACCCUGCCCAGGGACAGUGGCCUCCACGCCCUCCUCUCGCCCUCCGCCAGCAUGGAGCACCGCGACCCUCAGCGCCGCGACUUGGCCGGUUGCCUUGACAACCCCAACGGUGAGCAGCUGGAGCACAGGCAUGCAGACUCGCUAGGCGACCUGUACCGGGCGCUGGAACGAGCCUCACUCUCUCCCCUGGGUGACCCGCGCCUCUCCUCCCGCCUCGACUACAAGCGCUCCUUCGUGCGGCGCUGCAACGACCCGCUGCUGAACGAAAAGCUGCACCGGCUGAGGAUCUUACAGAGCUCACUCAAGGACAGGGAAGGGGAAGUAGCUGUGAUUGACAGGCUGCUGACCAAUGGGCAGCUGACCUCCGCCUCGCUGCGGGAGUGGAAGAGAAUGUACCUGGAGCAGUUCACAGAGGAGCCACAGCAACAGCAGCAUGAUGAUCAUGAUGAUGAUGAUGAUGAUGGUGAUGAUGAUGAUGAUGAGCAACAUACGCCGCCUCCGCCAACAAGUCCCCCGCCACCAGAGCCCACUUCUGCCACCCACACACACACACUGUCUCACACACACUCGUACAUCGAGACACACGUGUGA